AUGACUUCCCUUACGAUUCGAUCAAGCUUCACCACACUCGCCAUCCUUGCUCUGUCCGCGACCUUCACCCUAGCACAGAUCGGUACCGACACCACGAGUCCAGCAGAGACGGAUCCGGCUGACGCUGGUUUCAAUAAAAUUGAUACUCACAAUGACGACAAUGAUGAUACCAGAGACACAGUUGGGCUCGUCAACUACUACUUCGUAUUCCUUGCUCUCGUGGUCUGCAUUGCUGGUGUGGCAGCCUACCUGAUGUACAAGCGGAAGCAAAAGUACGGUGCAUUCCUACGCAACCGCCGAGGGUCUGCAUUAGAAAGAGACGUGGGAUCAUACGAUGCGCGAGCAAGGAGACGAUACUGGCAGGGGAGGUGGAGGUCGACCGACUACAGCAGGGAAGAAGGCUUGAACGAGCACGGAGAAGCACCGCCUCCGUACAUGCCCAAGACGAGGGAAGAGGAGGCGAAUCCGCACGGUCUGACGGUACCGAUGCAGACAUUGUCGAGAGACGAGGCUGGACUGAACAAACCGCCUGACUAUUAUUCGGCGAACCCACAGCCGGUGGAACAUGGGGCGCAAUCAGCAGGUGCAGGUGCAUCGACGCCAUCACAACCGGCACAAUCGCACCUGUAUCGAUGA